AUGUUGUUGGUAAAUUCUGAAACCACUGUUGGAACGUUAAAACAACUUAUCGGUCAACGAUAUAAUGUCAUUUAUGGAACUGAUAUUAUUUCUCCAAUAAUAAAUCAAAUCAUGACAGAUGAUGGAUUUGCUUUGGCAGAUUGUGAUCGAGUUGGAAAUUUCUUUGGUCAGGAUAACGUAAUUCUAGCAAAGGGUAAUCAAGCACCCCAUCGAGAAAUUGCGAACAUUGAGAAUGUCACCGAAGUUUCAAAUGACGUUAACAUUUUUGGAAAAAGAGGAUUAGAUAGUAAUCAACUAUCUGAUAGUAGCGAAUACCUCAUUAAUAGCAAAAGAUAUCGAUUGCAGUACGACGAAUCGUUAAAUAAUUGUAUGGUCGCGACCCAUCGCAUUCUCGACAAUCAAAUUUUCGACAAGGCUAAUAAUAACGUUAAUAGAAUUUAUGGGAACAAUAAAAACUCAGGCAGGAAAUCUAAUCCAAAUGGAGGGCACUCUCGUUCAGAUCAUAGUAGGAGCAAGGAUCUCAGCAAUAAAGUUACCAUCAACCAAAUGGAUGUGACUUUGCAUCAAGGCGGAUGUGAUGAUCGGGCUUCUGUUAACGAAAUACCGAAGCGCAGUAUUUGGGAUCCAGAAAAAUAUCGUGAUGAUAAGGGCGUUGGCAUGAGAGGUUCGGUUCUCAGAGAUCCUGUUGAUGGCAAUAAUCACAUUAAAAACAUCUCUCAUCUUUCAUGUCAUGGUUCAACUUCUGAUGAUGAUAUGAUACCAAAAGAAAAGAUUGUCCAUAUUGAAACUCGAAGUAGUACGAACUUUAAUAAUACUGAUAUCAAUAUCAGAGAAAAAUCUUUCCUCGACGAUGUUGAAAAAAACGCAAAACCAUAUUCCAAGAAGGAUGAAAACGGACCUAGUAAUUCAUAUGUCGGAAAAGAAAUGGGUGCUGAAAAUAAAUCACCGUUACAAGCAGACCAUGCAACCCUCAACAAAGUGGUUAAGAGUGACAAUUCUGGUGAAUUGGACGAUAACUCUACGGAUAGUGUGAACAGUAGUGAAAAUGAUAGUGACAUAGAGAGCAAUGAGAAUAAUUUGAUGGAGUAUAGUAAACAAGAAGAUAAUGAAGAAUCCAGUAGCGAGUAUGACGAUGAAAAUGAGGAAAAUGAUAAUGAUGCAGAAAUUUUUGAAGAAAGUAAAGAAGAGACAACUGAAGACGAAAGUUCGAAUAGUGAUGAAAACAUGAGUAUUGAAGAAAACAGUGCUACCUCUCAAAAAAUAAAAAAUAGAGGAAAAGAAACGGUAAGUAAAGAUGGAUCAUAUGUGUCUGAUGACGGCAGAUCACGAGAAAUUGAGAUGGGCGAUGAAGUUAUUAGCGUUCAGCAAGAUAGUUCUCUAAACAAAGAGACUGAACUCGAAAGCGGAAAAGCUGAAGAUCAGAAUAUACCGAUAGCUAUGGUCAAUAAUGGGGAUUCCACGUCUGAAAAUAUUCUAAAAAGUAACGAUAUUGAGGUUAAGGUUAAUCAGAGUUUACAAUUUCAUGACCGCAUAAAGGAUCAGGACCAUCAGAGUAACAAUAUUCCUACAAGUUCUGCGGUGCUUUAUGACGGUCAAGUUAACACGAAUACCGAAGAAAAUACCCACUCACAGGACUCUAAUAAUAAUGUCUCUAUUCACACGGGUGUAACUGAUCAUGUUGACCUCGAAAAUUACUCUCAUGAUCUUUCUAUUCAAAUCAAAUGCCCAGAAAAUAAUCUUGACCGAGAUAAUGACUUGCAUCAAAAUAACCAGUUGGUUGGCACUUUAGGAGAUAUGGAACUGGAUACCGUUGACAAAACUAUGCAAUUUUCGCGUGAGAACGAAGAAAUAAUCAAACAUGUUAAUAUUGAGGUUGAGAAUUCAGAAAUUUGUAACACCACAGAUAAGAAUAUCUGCAUGAAUAACAGCGACCAGGAUAAAUUCGGAGAAAGAAAUUCUGAUGUCAAUCGUAAUUCCAACAAUGCCAAAAGAUUUUCGGCACAAGACAGUCAAAACACAGGAAUAGAUGCAUUGGUAAAUAAUCUCGCGAACAACACAAACCUUACAGUCGAAGAACCAAAAGAAUUUAUAGAAAAUGCACAAAUGAAUGAGUGCGAAAGAAAUCCUGUUGGUUCUUUGAACGAAAUUAAAUUGAAUAUAGUAAGCAAGGAUACCGUCGAUAAUGAAGAUGCGUCGCACUCCAGCAAGUCUGAAGAGGUUUCAAAAGAUAAUCCAAAAAAUUCUGCAGAAUAUUCGCCAACGAAGAAAGAAAAUCAACAUAGAAGCGUGAAUUCAGCUAAAGAGAGAGACCUUUUAAACCCUGAUUCAAAUGCCGUAAGCACAUCAAACCAGGAUUCACUUCAAAAUCGUGACAUCCCAACGAAUAAUCUCAUUGAACGAAGGUCUAAAACCAAUCCUCCAAGCGAUAUCAUCUCGGAAUCAGAAGAAUCGGAUCAAACGUCAUCUGAUUUUGAAUAUGAAAGGAAAGGUGAUACAAAAAAGAAACAUGGAAUUUCGAAGGAAUUAAUCAAAAAUAAAUAUUCAAUUAAUGACAGAAAGAAGUUAGAGAGCUUUUCCGAAUCAAACAGCGAUGAAAACAAUAUUGUGAAUGCAAACGCGAGUGAUUUUCGUGAAGUUGCAAGUGAAAAAUUAUUGCCCGUGAAGAAAGCUUCCGGCGCGCAAAAAGAGAAAAUACUUAACGAGAAAGCUGACAGCGAUACGUCAAAGAAUUUUGAUUCGGUAAAAAGGAAUGUCGAUAACAACAAGAAGGAUAACUAUAUUUCCAAAAGAUACUUUUUAGAUUCGGAAGAUUCUGAGAAUGACGCCGAACACAAAAUCGUUCACGAAUCUCGGUCAAAAUCGGAAGAGAAGUUGAAUAAUAAUGGCGAACAUGUUAUCGACGGUAAAAAAAGGGGUAGACCUAAAAAAUUACAGUCACAUGAAAAUCCAGAAGUCACCAUCAAAAAAAGAGGUAGGCCUAAAAAACAAAGGAUAGACGAAAGUUCAGAAGUCGGCACAAAAAAGAGAGGUAGACCUAGAAAAUUAGUCCAAAGUGAUGAAAGUCAUAUGAAACAUUCCGAAGUAGUUCUCAAUCAUGAGUUUGAUCAUCUCCAGGAAACGAAGUCAGACGAUUCAAAAGCUUUCGAAAAAAAUAUUAAGAAUAUAUCUAAUAAUUCUCGUCCACCUGAAAGUAUUGAUCAUAACGGCAGCAAAAAGUCAGAGGUUCCUGAAAUGUCAAAUUCACACAAAAGAAUUGAAGAUCAGGUUAAGCAACAUUCGAAAGACAUGACGAAAAGAGUUCGCAGACAGAAGCCACGUAUAAGUAUAAAUGAUCUUUUCGAUAACCCAAAUAUAUAUCCUUCAUUGUAUAGUUGA